UGUUAGAUAACCACCUAACGUAUGCAUGAGAUCUUCGCUAAAUUAGCAUAUUUAAUAAAUACUGGGGGAAAACGGUCGUAGCCAUGGCCAUCGUGUCUGUCUCAGAAAGAGAACGCCCACACCUGAGCCAUCCCGCCCCCGGGUUGAACUUUCUUCACUACAUCCCGCGCUACAAACUAAGGCCUAACUUGAUGAAGUUGUACAGCGCUUGGGAAGUACAACAGCAAAUCUCCAGGAGGCGGGGCGAUGUGAGGUAAUCAACGCGGGAAUGCCCAAGUUGUGAGAAAUUAUGCUCUUUAUUGUCAGGAUUGCUAGCUGUACAUUGUAGGACUUUUAUUUUUCUGUUGGUGUGAAAUUUGAGAAACAUGCCUGCUGAAAAGAAACCAAUGCGAUAUGGUCACACAGAGGGACACACAGAUGUUUGCUUUGAUGAAUCUGGAAGCUAUAUUGUAACCUGUGGCAAUGAUGGAGACAUAAGGAUUUGGGAAAGUCUGGAUGAUGAUGAUCCUAAGUCAAUUAAUGUGGGAGAAAAGGCCUACUCGGUUGCUUUAAAGAAUGGUCGGCUUGUUACGGCGGUGUCAAACAACACUGUUCAGAUCCACACAUUUCCUGAUGGGGCUCCAGAUGGCAUCCUUACCCGAUUUACAACUAAUGCAAAUCAUGUUGUGUUCAAUGACAGUGGGACAAGAGUUGCUGCUGGAUCUAGCGAUUUCAUGGUCAAAGUUGUUGAUGUGAAUGACAGCAGCCAGCAGAAGACUCUGCGAGGGCAUGAUGCUCCAGUCCUGAGUGUUGCUUUUGAUCCCAAGGAUAUCUUCCUGGCUUCAGCAAGCUGUGAUGGAUUUGUCCGUGUGUGGAAGAUUGCUGACCAGGAAUGUGUAACUAGCUGGCCCCUUCUGGAAAAAUCAAAUGAUGUGGUUAAUGCCAAGUCCAUCUGUAGAUUAUCAUGGCAGUCCAGAUCUGGAAAGGUUCUUGCUGUUCCUGUGGGCAAAUCUGUCAAACUAUACUCUAGAGACUAUUGGGACAACACAUUUGAUCUUUCUGAUGAUAGUAUUACUCAGACACUUAAUGUAGUCUCCUGGUCUCCUUGCGGACGUUAUUUAGCUGCUGGAAGUAUUGAUGGCAAUAUUGUUGUAUGGAAUGUGGAAAACAAGAAGUGUUUAGAAAGAGUUAAGCAUGAAAAAAGCUACACAAUAUGUGGUCUUGCAUGGCAUCCCAGAGGAGGGCAAAUAGCUUACACAGACAAUGAAGGGAAUCUCGGUCUGUUAGAGAAUGUUGCAGAUCUAAUUGAAAAAGCUUCCAGUGGUAAGGUCUCUGCUACUGUUGCUAAAGAUUACGAUGAUCUUUUUGAUGGAGAUGAUGAGUAUGAAGAUGGUCAAUCCCAAGAAAAUCUUAGAGAUCUUCGAGCAGCUAUGAAUACAGUUGUGGAUGAAGAUGAUGACGACGAUGAUGAGUUAAUGCCUAGUCUUAGUCGUCCCAGACACAGAGGGAGUUUUCUGGAUGAUGACAAUUCUACAGAUAGUGUGCCUCUUCAGCCUGUUGGUGCUGGUGAGGAAGCUGAUGAAGAUCAAGCUCUUGGUACAAAAAUCUCUUCAUUGGCAGCACCUGUUAAGGCUGUUUAUGAUGGACCUAUGCCAACACCUAGACAAAGACCCCUUCAGCCUGGAUCUACCCCUGCACAUCUAAUGCAUCGCUUUAUGGUGUGGAACUCUAUUGGCAUUGUUCGAUGUUACAGUGAUGAAGAAGAUAAUGCCAUAGAUGUUGAGUUUCAUGACACCUCAAUUCAUCAUGCAAUGCAUCUGACCAAUACUUUGAAUCACACAAUGUGUGACCUGUCUCAGGAAGCCAUACUAUUGGGUUGUAAAAGCACUGAUGAACUGGCAAGCAAACUGCAGUGUCUUCACUUCAGCUCGUGGGAUGCAAACAAAGAGUGGAUUGUCGACCUGCCCAAAGGUGAAGAUGCAGAAGCUCUUUGCUUGGGCCAGGGCUGGGCUGCUGUAGCAACAAGUUCUCUGCUGGUUCGUAUUUUUAUGAUGGGGGGAGCACAGAGGGAAGUCUUCAGUUUACCUGGACCAGUUGUUUCUAUGGCGGGACAUGGAGAUCAGCUAAUAAUUGUAUAUCACAGAGCCACUGGGUUUGAUGGAGAGCAGUGUCUUGGAGUACAACUGAUGGAACUUGGAAAGAAGAAAAAACAAGUUCUCCAUGGAGAUCCUUUAUCUUUACCAAAAAAGUCCUACUUGGCAUGGCUUGGUUUUUCAGCAGAAGGAACACCAUGCUAUGCAGAUAGUGAGGGAAUUGUACAGAUGAUGAAUCGGGCACUUGGAAACACUUGGACUCCAGUGUGCAAUACCAGAGAACACUGCAAAGGGAAAUCUGAUCACUACUGGAUAGUUGGCAUUCACGAAAAUCCCCAACAGCUUAGGUGUAUUCCUUGCAAGGGAGCCAGAUACCCACCCACACUUCCUCGCCCUGCUGUAGCAAUUCUGCCAUUUAGUCUUCCUUACUGCCAGACUGCAACAGAAAAAGGACAGAUGGAGGAACAGUUCUGGCGAUCCAUGCUGUUCCAGAAUCAUUUUGAUUAUCUGGCAGCCAGUGGGUAUGAGUAUGAUGAGAAUGCUAAGGAUCAAGCAGUGAAAGAGCAACAGGAACUUUUGAUGAAAAUGUUUGCUCUCUCUUGUAAGCUGGAGCGUGAGUUCCGAUGUGUAGAGUUAGCUGAGCUCAUGACUCAGAACGUUGUGAACCUGGCUAUCAAAUAUGCAUCCCGUUCAAAGCGACUGUUGCUAGCACAGCGAUUAAAUGAACUGGCCUUGGAAAAAGCUGCUGAACAGGCAGCUGCAGAAGAGGAGGAGGAGAAAGAAGAUUUUAGAGCCAGACUGAAUGCUGGUUACAGUAGAACAGAUACAGAAUGGAACCAGUCAUAUCAUCAUCACCGCCCUACAACAGCACAGCAUACAGAUGAUACAGAAGACAAUGAAGAACAAGAAGACAUGGACACUGAAGAUAUUGCCAGUGAAAGAACAAAUAGAUUAAAUUCAGUCAGUCCAUGCCAGACUUCCCCAGAAAAGAAGACUCCAAAAGCUGCUACAAUAGUACCAAGUAACCAAGGGCGCAGCAAUCCUUUCAAGGUAUCUUCUAACAGUAAAGGUCCAGGAUCCACAAGUGGCCAGGCAAGGUGUGCCAAUAUUCUGGAUAACAUGACUAAAUCUGUUAAGAAACCAGCAAUGUCCAGUAAUCAACCAGCAAAUAAACAAACUUCACCUGUACUGAAACCAUUAAUGCCGAAACCAAAGUCUAAACAGGCACAAACCACUUUAUUCCAGACUGGAACAGUGAAGUCUAACAGUACGAGUGCAGAACAGAAGGAAAGCAAAGUUGAACUUGUUGCAGCAGAACAGACAGCCCCUCCCCCUGCUACUCCAGAGAAUACAGAAACCAAAAGACCUAAAACAGGGUUUCAGUUGUGGCUGGAAGAAAAUCGAGCUGAUAUCAUUGCCAAUGAUCCUGAUUUAGAAGAAGGAGACAUUAUUAAAGAAGGCAUGAGUCGGUUUAGAUCACUCUUACCUGAGGAAAGAAUGGUUUGGACAGAGAAGGCUAAAGGAGGCUCCACUAAUGCAGUUGCAGGUGAUACAAAGAAGCGGAAACACAUGGAAGAUGAAAAUAAAGAAACACCAGAAAACAAGAAAAACAGAUCAGAUGAUACAAGUUCCACAAAAAAGCAGAAACCUUUAGAUCAUUCUACUAACUUGAAAUUAUCAUCAUUUGCAUUCAAAAAAGACUGAAAACUAAUAUGUCGAAUAUUCUUGUCCUGUGUGACAUAUGUUGAGUAGGAUUACUUGUAAAAAGAAGCAGGAUAAAAAAGAAGCUAUUUAACUGAAGUUAUUUGCACCUUUUUUUAAAUUGCGUCAGUUCAUGACAUUUUCUGCUAGAAAUCUACCACCCAGAAGUGGAGUUGAGCAGAUUUUUGUCAUCGUGUACCCCCUCCACCGGCCUACCAACCAUCAGACCCUCAGUCAAUUGGCAUAGUUGUUCUCCAUCACCAGAAAGGCCAUCAUUUUUGCGUCCAUAAAGAGUGGUUAAAAUUUUUGUGUGCGAUGCUAUCCUCUGCAUACACCUGGAGGAGCACUAGGGAGGGGACAUGCAGUGGGGUGCAGCACUACCACAAAGGACAUGUCCUCUCAGGCAGCCCUGCCCCUCCCCCUAAAACACAAGUGGUGGUUUUCCUGCUCUUCUCCUUGUAAAUCACACCACCCACUGUUAUUUCAAAUACAUGCAUUCCACCACCAACCCACCUCCUGGGGAGGAGAGUGAGCUACACUGCUCGACUCCUCCUCUGCUCUUUGGAAUGUUUAAAUUAAAAAAAACACAUGCAAACAUAAUAAAUAGAAGUAACUAAAUACUUGUAAGCAGAAAAAUAUGUAUACAUUAAACAUUUCUAAAAACAAAUGUCAUUUUUGAUACCUGUAGAACCUUAUGUAUUUUUUAUAAACAUUGCUGAUUGUCUUGUUUUUAGAUACUUGUUUAGCCUUCUAAACUCUGUAGUCUGUUAUAGAGCAUUUUGUAUCAUAUUUUAUAAUUGCUGUCCAAUAAAAGUUGUGUAUAGAUUAUAACAAAAAAAUAAUUGUAUGUUUUAAUGACUAGCAGUACAACUUGAUCUGAUGUUGCCAGUCUUUUCAUUUAAGCCUUGACCGCUGGGUUUGGUUCCAAAUAUCGGAACCAACUCAGCCAUUACUACAGCCCACAAGGACCAAAAACUCUCAAGUUCUACCCAGAAUGCUCCUCUCGCAAUUACCUCAGAUCUCGUUUGCCACUUUCCUGUGACAGAUGCAUCACCAUAGCUCUCAGGCUAAGUGUGUUUUUUCUAUAUUUGUUUAGUGUAAUAAAUAUUUUAUAAGUA